AUGGCAACACAGGAAUCGCCAUUCCAAUGUCACUUUCCUGGCUGUGGUCUUGGCUAUCGACGCAAAGAACAUUUAACCCGACAUGCCAAAGGCCACUUCCAAACACAGUCUUUCCAAUGCUCAUGUUGUCAUCGUGUCUUUGCCAGGAAUGACACCCUACGACAACAUGUCCGCACUCAUCACAAAACCAGAGAGUUGCAAUACUCUCGGGCAAUCAAAGCCUGCACCCGUUGCCGCUCACGACGCUCAAGAUGCGACGGGCAGUCUCCCUGUGGCAUGUGCUCCGAGCGAGGAAUCGCAUGUUCCUAUACCCGCAGCUUGAGAAGUUCUGCAUUGGAGCAAACUACGUCUCAAAAUGGCCAAGCAGGUCCAUUACCUAUAAAAUCUGACGAACAUCCAUCUCAGUUACUGGAAGCAGCUCAUAUCCGGCAAUUAGAAGCUAUUGAAAAUAGUCCAUGUAGAAAUGCGCCAUAUGUCCAAGCUUAUUUUGACAAGUUUCACCCGCAUUGGCCAUUUCUGCACCCAGCAACAUUUGAUCCUGAUCAUGAGCCGCCUUUUCUUACUCAAUCGGUUGUUAUGAUGGGCGCGUGGGCGAUGGGCGAAAGCAGCCCGCAACAGAUUGCAAAAGAUCUACACGAGAGACUGACGUUAUCGAUUGAAAGGCAAAGAGAUAAAUGGGACAUAUCAACUCAGCACGACGACCAACUUGCCACAUCCCAGUCUAAUCCCACACCCUGGUCAAUGGCAACAUACCAAGGGAUCCUCCUCCACCUCAUCUUCUCCCUCCUCAUAAACCCCUUAGAUCUACAACUAACUCGCCUCCUCCCCGAAAUACCCUCCAAACUCCUCAUUGCCCUCGUCUACACCUGCCUCAGACGAAAAAUGUUCUUUUACCCCGCCAUCCAAUCCCAAUUCAAACCAGAAGACCCACAGGUUCUAGUUUGGCUUGGCAUCGAAGAAGUCAAGCGUUUCAAUCUGUCUUUAUACAGAGUUCUGGUUGAUCCCAAUAUUUUAGCGGACGCGCCGGGUUUCGAUCCGAUGCGUGGUCCACGAUCGUCAUCGGGUACAAGUCUUCUUUCACUAGCAGACAUGCAAUUUGCCAUGCCGGAUAGUGAUGAGCUUUGGCAUGCUACUUCCGGCUUGGCAGCAAGGAUUGCGGGAAAUAUGGAUGCUUAUAGUAUUGAUAAUGAAGAGGGGAAUUGGAUCUCGAGUACUGCGCGAAUUUUGGAGCCAAGUUAUGAACGGUUCCAGUGGGUAUGA